AAGUUUUCAACUUUUCAAGAUCAGACCAGUAUUGUCUUGACUGUGGUAGACUUAAAGCAUUGUUCAUAGUUAUAAAUGAUUGAAAAUAAUACCCUAAUCUAAACUCAAGAUAUAAAAGAGUGAGCCGUGAAUUGAGUAUAAACAAAAGGAUAAUCUGGAUCAGAUGUUUUGCAAAAUUUAAAGAAUUUGAGUGAAAAUGCGAUCUUUAUUUCUGACCACUCUACACACAGUAGUUGUUGCAGGGGUGGUUGGUAUACCCUGUACACAAGACCAGCAUACAAGGAUGCAGGAACAGUUCUCAGAUUGUAGAUCAAACUUUACUCAUCAGAUUCAUAAUGAUGGGAAGAAAGGGAAAGGGGAAUUAUUGUGCACUGUUCUGGAUGGAAUAGUUAAUAUUUGCUCUAAAAACUGGAAGCAGUGCCAUUCGCAACAAGAAAUUAAUAGUAUGAAGGAUAUGCAUACUGAUGCCUUUUUAAAGCACUGGGGGGAGGAUUCAAGUCUAGAUCUUUGUUCUAUAGUUAAACGCUUCAGGCUUUCCCAACGUAUAGCUGAAUCUGAGGAAGCUGUUGCAAGCUGCUCUGAUGAGGAUUCAAGAAGCUCCAUGUCAAACUUUCAAAGCUGCUCACAUAGGAUCAGCUCCACAGUCUACAGCUCCAUACUGGAGCUAGAAGAAGAAAAAGGGGUUGUUUCUGAACUCUGCAGCGGGUUGGAUAAAAUAGCUCUUGAAUGCCCCGUACAUCUAAUUAUUGAUUAG